UGGGCUGCAGAGCAGGAGACCUUGGAAGGGAUGGAAGAGGGUGUCAUGUAUGCUGACCUGCGCUUUCCCCCCACUCCAGCUCCUCAGCAGCGAAUGCGCCUGCCCUGGUCCCGGGCAGCCCUCAGCCUGGGUCUCCUCUCCCUGAUGCUCCUGCUGGCACAAAUCGUCCUUGUCAGCCUGAGUUUCCACUGUAAGUACCAGCCAUCUAGUGCCCAGAUCUCUGUGGAGGGGGUAAUGGCCCCCAACUCUCCCACUCCUCAGCAGCGAAUGCGCCUGCCCUGGUCCCGGGCAGCCCUCAGCCUGGGUCUCCUCUCCCUGAUGCUCCUGCUGGCACAAAUCGUCCUUGUCAGCCUGAGUUUCCACUAUUUAGUGCAACAACAAACAAGCUGCACACAUGGUGCUGGGAGUAUAGAGGAGAGCCCCAGCUAUGGGAAACACACACUGGAAGGCCCAUGUCAGUUUUGCCCAGUUGGCUGGCUCUGGGAAGCAGGACAGUGCUACUACUUCUCCUCUGCCAAAAAGAGCUGGGAGCAGAGCAGAGAGGACUGCUGCUCCAGAGGGGCACAGCUGGUCACCAUCCAAGCCAACACCACCCUGGCUUUCCUGGUGCGCACAGCUCACUUGGAUGCCUUUCACGUGGGGCUGAAGCAGGAUGGCAUCAGGUCUGACUGGAAGUGGCUGGAUGGCACCACACUGGAAGGGAUCUUCCCACUCCAGCGCUACACGAGGUCCUUCCAGGCCUGUGGCAGGGUGUCAGGCUUGGGACUUUUAGGUGGUGCAUGCACGGAAGCCCUCAGAUGGGUCUGCAAGCAGAGAGCAGCCACCCUGCAGUGGCUCCAGUCCUCACCUCCUGCCUUCCUCUGGGGAAACACCACCUACAGCUGUGUGAGGCCCUGAUGGCUGUGGUGACCCCCAGCCUGUGCCACCACCCUGUUCCCUGCCUGACCUCAGUGCAUUCCCAGGGCAUUCCCAGGCUCUGCUGCCUCCUGGCCCAGACCUCUUUACCUUCCAGAA